CUGAUCCUCCUUGUCCCACUAAAGAGACUUCAGCACAUGAAGGGAUUCUUCCCCACGUCCACGGAUGGCAACAUGGCGACAGAGUUCCAUAACCUACAGGAGCUGAGGCACAGUGCAUCUCUUGCCAACAAGGUGUUCAUCCAGAGGGACUACAGUGAAGGGACCACAUGCAGGUUUCAGACGAAGUUCCCCUCUGAGCUGGAGAGCAGGAUUGAGCGGACUCUGUUUGAGGACACUGUGAAGACACUGAACAACUUUUAUGCAGAGGCAGAAAAGAUUGGAGGCCAGUCUUACCUGGAGGGCUGCCUGGCAUGCGUCACGGCUUAUCUCAUCUUCCUCUGCAUGGAGACUCGCUACGAGAAGGUGUUAAAGAAGAUAGGAAAAUACAUUCAAGAGCAGAAUGAGAAGAUCUAUGCUCCCAGAGGUCUGCUCAUCACGGAUCCCAUUGAAAGGGGAAUGCGUGUUAUUGAGGUAUCCAUCUAUGAAGACCGUGGUUCCAGUGGCUCCAGUUCUGGCAGCAGUUCCGUGUCCGGUAGCACCGCUCGAUGACUGGGCGCGGAGCCUGUCCUGCAGGAAAACUUAGGACAAUAAUAACACUCGUGUUCCAACAGCCGUUGCAUCCCACACAUUUACAUUCACACCAAGCACUCACCAGCCUCCACAAAAAUGUUUGUGUCCAUGACCUGUCAUCAUAAACCUGUUCCACAGUAGACAAAAUGCACACUUUAGCAGUUUGUCUCAAAGAUAUGUACAUGUAACGAUGCAUUUCAGACAUGACUCUUAAUUUAACACAGAAAGAAAUCAAGGUGAAGGAAUGGUCCCAAAAAGGUACAGAGUUGAACACCAACAGGGUACCAGCAUUGUGACUACAAGGUUUUUAAAAAUUAUUUCUACCUUCUUCUCCUCUCUACCUUUAUGUUCUGCUACAAAAUAUAGACAGCUGAAAUAGAACCACAAAGUUCCACCUAAAUGCAAUUUAGAAUUAGCAGUAAACAUAUUCUUGUUUUGACUGCGGCAGAAGUCAGUAUGCUCUAAAAGUAACUAGCACCUCUCAGAGCAAAACUCAGCUAAUGUUUAAUGUUCUCUUUCUAUCAGGAGUUAACCAUUGGGUAAUUAAUAAAUGAUCACUGUUUGUUCUUUUUCCACCAAAGAUUCUCCAGGGCUAGUUUGGAGCCAGUUCCUGCUUUGCACCGAAUCUUUCCACGUAAUGGACCAAACCUGAUAGUGUUAUCUCAACACUUAGUCUGCUUGAUCAGACCAAAUAACUGCAUUCAUCAGGGGCAAAUCCAUGAACAUACUUUCAAAGGCAAUAUAAGGUUUUUAAAUAUGAAAGAACGUGAGCUCAGUGUCUGUUUUACUGACAUUCUUGCAACAAACGCCUCUGGGUGGACUGCAGAAAGCUGUGUUCACAAUUACAGUUUUUAGUUGUUUUCAUCUGUAGAAAUUGUCAAGUGAAGUUUAUAAAUCAUGCUGAACAUUUAUAAAAGGUAAGGAAUGCUGGUUAGUAUUGUCCACCAACAACGACACCUGCUUAAAAGAUUGUUUAUAAAGCAGACUGGUAAUAGGCCCACCAAAGCAUGACUUUUCUUUAACGACAGGAUAAUUUAUCUAAAAUGUGUACAGUAGCUUUCAAUGAAAUUGUACCAAGCUGGUUUGUUGGCUAAGGAAAAUCAAUCUUGUUCGCAACUGCUUUUUAAAGAACAAGUUAAGAACCAGUUCUGAUGCAAAGACCAGUUCUGGUCUAGCAGUGGAACCAACAUAGAGAAACGGCCCUGUUGGUUUUCAGAGAGGAUAAUGUAUCUUUGAAAGUUAGAUCAAAUUUGACCACAAUUGCUCAAUGGGACCAUUCUUUUACCUUUCUGUUUCUUCAAAAACUAUCGUUUAGGAUAUAGAAAUGAGACCUGUUCCCUAUAUCUCCAGCCAGAACUUCUCCAUCGGACGGCAUCGUUUCUUUCCUUUCUGCCAUUUUGAAGGGAAAAAACAAAAAGAAAGAAGUGCAGAGCCAAGUAAAACCAUAAGCUUCACCAAACCUUAUACUUCAACUAACAUCGAGUAGCUGCACAACCAAGUCCAGAUCCCUCACCAAUUAGGAGGCUUUACUGAACUCAUUCAAAUCAACUCUGAACGUUAGGAAGAGUUUUUUUUUUAACGUUGUGUUUUCUGUUGUUUAAACUGACUGCAGAGACAGUUUUAUUCAGUGACGCCACGCUGAAGUUCACUUGCCAAACGAUCAGUUAGCCAGCGUUGAGCAUUUCUUCCUCUAUUACCUCUUAUGUUUUUUCACACUGCCUGGAAGCAGAUGAAUGUCAACUUAUUCAAGUAUAUAAUGUAGCAGAUCUUCUGUAUUUCUCUCUCUUAAACCUGCAUUUUCUUUGCAGGGCAUGGAGACACAUGCAAAAAUAUGAGAAUUAACCUCUUCUGUUUUAGUGAGAGAGGCGGCUUUUCCUAAAUUUAGAUUAUGCAAGGACUCACUGUGAGUUAGGUCCGGAUGUAAGGAAAGAAAGGAUGGGUCAAAAUGUCUUCCCAAAUUUUACUUUGUCAUUUUAGAACUACACCCACCCUUUCUUGAUUCAUGGACAAACUUCCAAAGAACAGUAACUGCCAAAAAAAAAAAACAGCUCAUAAAUGUGAAUGUCACUUUUAUUUUGAUAUUUUGUGAAAGUAUAAGUUUUCAUAUUGCUUGUUUGAUACAUGUGGCAUAAGGUCAAACCAAAUGGAUGUCAAAUAAACUGUUUCAUCACAA